AUGAAAUGUUUGAAAGAUCACCGUUGUCGCAUAUUUGUGUGUGGUAAAAUUCACACCGUUUUCCAGUUCUUUGAUCAAGUACGUUUCAGAAUGGUGGGUUUUGAGCGGACAAAGCAAGCAGCAGAUCUUUUUGCAAAAUUAAUUUGCUGUGCGAAUCCUCAGUGCUCACGGGAAACCGAUAAUCUUCAGACAUUAGGGACUGCAUGCAAACAUGCGUUUUGCUGGGACUGUAUCAACUCGUACUCACGCGUAGAUACAUUCACUCUUUGUCCCCGAUGUGCCUGUCCAUUGGACAUCCUUCAUCCGAGAUCAGCACAACUUUUCAAUAGUCUUGCGCAACACAUCAAUGAGUUCAAGCUGUUACUGGGUGAAUAUGAGCAAGCUGUACGGAGCGGUGGUGCCACUGCAGCUGCCACGAUUGCACAAACCCAGAAGCUUUUCGAAGUUCAUGCAGGAAUCGAUGACGAUGCGGUGAAUGCUAGAAAUGAGUUCGUCCUUCGUUAUUUGACUAUUUCGUCGUCUAUCAUUGUGAACUGGAUUGCAUUUAGAGCUAUAAAUGACUUUAUCAGCACUCAAAGAGUAUCGCCGUCCGUGCCAGGAGAAGAAGGGAAAGACCUAUCUCGAGAUAGUAGUUACUCCGAAGAACUAAAUGACACGCCGCCUCCAAAGCUUACGCCUGAUGGUAAUAAAGGUGCAGGGGCCAAGCCAACUGUUGAAUUUGCUGAUUGUUUCGACGACUUUUCUGAUGAAGAAGUCACGGCAACAACUUCGAAGAACGAUGUUAUCACGGACAGCAUACCGACAUUGGGUCCACCUGUGAUGACUUCUACACAAAAACCGACCUUAUUUCUUUCUCAAGCUGUACAUGCGCGUAGUGACUUGUUCCAGCAGGAAUCUACCCAGGAGGUGAAAACGUAUCACUGUGAUAAAGGGUACAACUACUUCCACGCAAAACCUAAGAAAACAUUCGAUGCUCGAACAAGCAAAUCGGUCAACGCGCCAUGGUUGGAACUCCCUCCGAAAAAACAUGGUCACUAUAAAGAAACUUCGGGUUUAGAACAUGCGAACGAUACUUCUGCAAUGACUUCGUCACGUGAGGAAGAGCAAAAGAAUACCAGAAGCGGUCGAAAGCUGGAAGAUCGUCCGCGCUCUCGUAGCCGUAGAUCGUCCUUUUCCACUCCGAGGGCGCAUUCUCGAUCAUCUGAAAAUCCAGUUAUUACUGCUGUUCUAGACGGGAACAUAGACGAAGUUCGCAAAGCAAUUGAUGCCGGUUAUGAUGUCAAUCAACGUGACGAACUGAAACGAACGCCCCUUUUCAUCGCUGUAGAAGCGAAACGUUUGGAUAUUUGCCAAAUGCUCAUCGAGCGUGGAGGAGCAGUGAUCAAUGCCAAUUGCGGAUCCGAAUGCAACACAGCACUGCAUGUCGCCGUAUCGCAGGAGAACGAAGAAAUCGUGAGAUAUCUCCUAUCAAAGGGAGCUAGCAAAACGAUCCGUAAUAUCAGACAGGAAACGCCGUCACAAUUGGCUCAGCCUCGUUCACCUCUGCGUUCCUUAGUUGAGAAAUACCGUUCUCAUCCGAGACAGCCUUAUGUGGCUCGUUUGCCGGAUGUAUACAUUGUGUGUUAUUCUAAAGAGAUCAGAAAGUCAUUAACAUAUGGUGAACAAGCAACUCUCAACAAACUGAUCACGGUGGUUGAGUUCUGCGAUGAAGAAACAACUCACUACGUUGUAUCUGCUGACGCCAAUGGGGUUGCAAGUGUCGACGCUGAUCUUCUGAGAGCAAUGAUGCAGAAUACUCGUAUUAUGGGUGUAGACUGGCUGAAGGAGUGCAUUCGUGUUGGCAAAACUGUACCACAUUUGCAGUACGUCGAAGAUUUGAACCCAGGAAUUAUGACUAACAAAUGUUAUGAAGUUUCAAAACUACGAUACAUGGAGAACAAUGUCGUCUCAGACUCGCUGAGUCGAUGCAGAAAAAGUAAGGAGAAAAUGGAACCGAGCUUGUUCCAUGGAUGCGUGUUUUACCUCCUAUCCAAGAGAUACAAAGGCAUUGAUGACCGCCGUUUGCUACCUGACCUAGUGCGGCUCGGUGGUGGGGAUAUCGCCGUGUACGAACCACAGUUUAAGUCCACCAUGCUGCCGCCUUUCCAUGCACCUCAUCUCUCGUCACCAAUUUUUAUUGUUUACGAUGUCACAAGCACCGGCAAUAUCCCUAGUAAAUUCCAUCGAUCUCCGAAGGAGUAUAAUAUGGUAUCGGCGCAGUGGGUCAUCGAAUGUGUCAUGGAAUACACGAUCAAACCAGUUGCUUAG